AAUGCGGGGGUCUUCUGAAUACCAAAAUCGAGUCUUCUAUCUGUUUUUGGAGUCUUGCAUUCAUAGUCACCAUAGAGUCUGGUAUUUGUUUAGUUUUCACUGGGGGAGUGUGGUUUUCAUUCUUCAUUAGCCUUUUUGUUGCCAGGUGUAUUUGCUGGAAAGGAAGUGAAGUUUUAUUUCUUUGUACUAUGUUGUCUUUGGAAUGAAAAUUGUGGUUACAUAUUUUACUGCUAAAGGUCCUUUGCAUAAUUCAAGGCAUGCAUUUCAUGGUUGUUGUUUUAUUGAUAUCUAAAUAUCAUGUGGGGGUUAUUUUUUGGUUGUUCCAUUCUCUGUUUUGGUUGUCUUUCAAAGCCUUUGAAGUAGUAAUAAUGACAUGAUUUGUGAAUGAAAAGAUAUAGGCAGGCAGUUGUUUCUCUAUUAUUGAAAGCUGUUUUUAUGACUUGAACUCAAGUCUAUCAAAAAAUUUAUUACAACAGUUUACUGGUGGGACAAGUUGCGCUUAGUAAUAUGUGACCGAGUUGAGUGUUUGAUGCAAAUAAAAAUAACUCGAAUUAAAUAAAGCAAGCUUAAUUAUUAAAGUUAAUUGUAGAAUAUUUUGAGUCUCUGCUUUUUAACUUAUAAAAAGUUACAAGCAGGUUCGUAGCAAAGGGAACCUUCAAUUUUUUUUUAAAAAUAGUCUUAUCCCUACUUUUUUGUUUAAUUUUUCUGUCAAGAGAAGGAAAGGGAAUAAGGAAAAGACGUUGACUUAAAUCCAGGCAACAAGAUUGAUAAGGAUUAACCUCAAUAAUCACGUUAAUACCAUAGUUAUUGUAAUAUAUAUUAUUUAUAUUUCACUUUUUAUGUAAUUUUUCAUAUGACAUAAAAAUUGAUAAAUUUUUCUAUUUUUUUUUAAAGUAUAAUGUAUCUUACACAUAAUCGUGAUUUUUAUUACAUCAAUAUAUAUAUAUAUAUAUAUACACACAUAACAAGUACAAAUAUAAUAGUAAAAUAUAUCCAAUUUUGUCUUAUGCUUUUGAUCUACAUUUGGCAAAUAAUAGAUUUUGAGAAGAUAAAACCAAAACUCGGAUCACAUGUGAGUUGUACACCAAAGUCAAGCCCAUUCUGUCGCUCUCUAUCUCUUAAAGGCAAAUGAAUGUUUCUCACCAAAACUCGGAUCAUCCAUAAACCCAAACCCAACUUCUAUAUAACACAUACUUUGAUACAUACCUAUAGACUACAUACAAUUCAGAGAUCCAUCAUCAAACCCACCUCACAAAAGCAAAAUGACAAACCAACUUUUGAGUGAAGAAGACCAAAGUGAGCCACCAAGGUCCGUCGUUGGCUGGUGGAGAGCCGCCAAAGAGUUGGACAAAAACAGCCGUCUGACGGCGGAGGACCUCUCAAGCCACCAGCUCACACCUAGAUUGAGAGUGCUGAGAGAGAUGGAGAGGCUAGCCUUGGUGGCACCGGAAGGACUCGACGACCUCCGGCACAAGCUCAUUGCAUACCGGUCUGGUGACUUCUGGGUGCCAACAGGUGGAAUGAAGAAGGAAGAGAUGGAGAUACCAGGGAUGAUCACAAUAGUGUUGGUGGGUCUGAGUGGUAGUGGGAAGAGCUCUCUUGUGAACCUCAUGUACAGUGUACUUGGCCGCUCUGGUCUCAUCCCUUUCACUCAAACAUCAAGUGAAUCUUCAAACUACACAACAAUGUACAUGGAAGAACACAAUGUUCUAAGAUCAAUGAGAAGUGGGUUCUGCGUAUACGACACUAGGGGUUUGGAUUGUCAUCAAAUGAUCCAAGGUCUAGAAGAGGUGACGACAUGGAUGGUCGAUGGAGUUCGCCAUUACCAGCUCUGUUGCAGGCCAGGGGAUGACCAAGAACAACAACAACAACCCAUUACUCAACUGUCAUCUGCAAGGUUUGCUAAGAGAAUGGUCAAUUGUGUAAUGGUGGUUGCUAACUUGGUAGAGAUCCACAAGGGUUUUGAGAAUGGUGAUUUGAAGGCCAUUGGAGCUACUAGAGAUCUCUUCCUCUGCCCUUCUAUUAGGACAACUAAUGAGAACCCAAUCUUGAUACUGACUCAUGGUGACAUGCUAUCUUGUGAGGAAAGGAUCAAUGGCCGGCUCAAGAUUUGUGAAUAUCUGGGCAUUCCAGAGACCACAGGUGCCUAUGACAUUGCUUGCAUAACAGAGCAAGGGUUUCUGCCUGAGGAAUCCGACGUCCCCGUCACUGCUUUCGCAUUAAGCGAGGCAGUUUACCGGGCACUGCUUCGAUCGGACCGGACCCACCUUCCCAAGAAGAAGCUCAAGGAUUGGGUACUGAUGGCUGUGUCAUGGGUCAUGUGUUCCAUUGCUGCCUUCUUUGCUAUGCUUGCAGUUCUCUUCUCAAAACUGGGAUGUAGGACCAAACUCAAGCUCUGAUGUCUCUUGUGGGGGG